AUGCGAACAAUUACUCCCCUAGACCCAACGGUGGCCGCAGCACACCCUGAUAACACUGUAAAGAACAGUCGUUAUACUCUUUAUAAUUUUGUAUUUCUGAACUUAUAUGAACAAUUUCGCCGUCCAUUAAAUUUUUACUUUUUAUUGGUGGCAUGCCUACAGUUUAUCUCCGUUAUUGCGCCUGUGAGUCCACUUUCUACUAUACUACCACUUGCAUUUGCAUUCAGUCUAACUGCACUAAAGGAGGGUUAUGAUGAUAUUAAACGUCAUCGACAGGAUGCACUAUAUAAUAAUAAAAAACGCCAUGUACUUAAUCCACAUACAAUGUCUUGGCAAUUACGUCGUAAUUAUACUAUACGUGUUGGAGAUGUUAUUCUCUUGGAAGAAAAUGAAGAAUUACCAUGUGAUGUGGUUGUAGUGGCCGCAAGUUCUCAAACUGUUUAUAUAAGGACAGAUAAUCUGGAUGGUGAACUCGAUUUAAAACCGAAAGAAAUUGUAUUUCCUCAUAUUCGUACUCCAGAAGAAGAACGAGAUCCUGAAGUGGCUGCUGAAGCUGUUAAUCGUGAUCCACAUAUUAUACAUUUAGAUGAUUCUUGUGAAGUUCUUAUGGAAAAACUUUCUCGUUUGAAACUUAUUUGUCCUCCUCCUUCAGCUAUGAUUGAAUCAUUUGAUGCACGUGCAGAAUUUCAUUAUACUACGGAAUCUGAAAGAAAUGAACAUCCCUCACAAAUUUCUCUUACACAUCAUCAUCUUCUUCCACAGUCAUGUCGAUUAAAAAAUACCAAAUCUAUUAUUUGUGUAGCCGUAUAUACUGGUGAUGAGACUAAAUGUGGUAUGAAUAAACGACCUGCACCUGUAAAAUGGGCAAAAAUUGAUCAAGAUGUUUCAAAAUAUGCAAUUUUUGUUUUUUGUUGUCAAAUAUUAAAUGCUUUUGCCUUUGGUAUAACCGGAUAUCUUUUAAACAGAGAUGUGGAAAACCAUUAUUGGUAUUUACAAGUACCACGUAAUGAAGCUUCUGUACCCUUUAUUAUAUACCCACUUCGUUUUUUCCUAUUGACCACUGUAAUGAUUCCUGUAUCUUUUAAAUUUGUGGUGGAUAUGAGUAAAUAUUAUAUGGCCAUGACUGUUGAGUGGGAUGAGACGAUGAAACAUAGAGGACCCGAAAGUGAAGGAUGUCGAGUUAAAAAUUCUGGUAUUUUGGAAGAUCUUGGCCAAAUAGAUUAUGUUCUCUCAGAUAAAACUGGAACAAUGACACAAAAUGUUAUGGAACUUCUUUAUGUAAGUGUUGGAGAUGAACGAUUUUCUUUACAUCAGAAUAAAGUAGAAGGAGAAGAAAAUAAUAGUACAACAAUGGUAAAAAUUCCAACAGAUGAACGAGUUUUACACUUUGGACGAAUUCUUUCUCUAUGUAAUUCUGUAGAAGUAUCCAAAUCUAAUAAUCCUCUGCAAGAUGUUCCUUCUAACUCUAUACAAUAUCAAGCAGCAUCCCCUGAUGAAGAGGCUUUAUGCCGUGGGGCUUCACAUCUUCAUGUAAAACUUAUACAUCGUGACGUACAUGAAUAUGUUCUUAAUGUUAAUGGAGUAGAAGAGAAAUGGAUUCAUCACUACACAUUUCCUUUUUCAUCUGAACUAAAAACUAUGGGUGUUAUUGUGGAAGAAAAGUCUACAGGAAUUAUUUAUUAUUUUGUAAAGGGAGCAGAUGAUCGAAUACUUGAAAUGAGAACAAAACCUUCCUCGUCACCAUUAGGAAUGGGUUCAAGAACAAGAAGGAUGUCAUGGCAAGAUACUUUAAACUCUCAUCUUGAAACUUAUGCAAUGCAAGGUCUACGAACAUUGGUGGUGGCUGAAAAGAAAAUUGAAAAAGAAGAACUUCAAUCUUUUCUAAGUCAAGUAAAAGCUGCGGAACUUACUUUACAUGGAAGACGUGAAAAAUUACAAGAAUUACGUUCAAAAAUGGAAACUGGAGUUCAAAUUACAGGUAUUACUGCUAUUGAGGAUAAAUUACAAGAUUCCGUUAAAGAAACUGUUCAAGACUUUCUUCAAGCUGGAAUUAAAGUUUGGAUGCUUACAGGUGAUAAGGUACAAACCGCUGAACAAAUUGCUCUUUCUUGUGGUUUAUAUAAUCCAAGUAACCGUGUGUUGCGCAUUGUCUCAGGAGGGAAAAAUAAAAAUAAUAAUGACAAUGAUGAGAACGCGUGGGAAAAACAUAUGAUGGAACUUUCUUUACCUCCUGGAUCAGGUAUAAGAAGAGAAGAAGUAAGUGAUGGAAGACCUUUCUCACCUGCAGAUGUUAUGGAUUCUGAGGUAACCUGUGAUGUUGAUUCUUUAUCAAGUAUUGAUUGUACUGGUUCAAAAUCUCGACCAGAAAGGAGUGGAUAUAAUACCUUGACAUCUCCUCGCGAAAGAAAUACUCCUACUGUAUUGGUGGUUGAAGGUGGUACAGUUCUGGAACGUAUUCUUAAUACACCUUCUCUUGCCGAACGAUUUACAAUUUUAAGUGAUGCCUGUGUAAGUGUUAUCUGUGCUCGAGUAACACCCAGUCAAAAAGCUGCAGUUACCCAAUUUGUACGUUCUAAAGGAUUUAUGACUUUGGCUGUUGGUGAUGGUGGAAAUGAUGUGGCGAUGCUGCAAGAAGCUCAUGUUGGUGUUGGUAUUGUGGGAAAAGAAGGUAAACAAGCUGCUCGUGCGGCAGAUUUUUCAAUUACACGUUUUUCAGAUCUUCGAGCACUUCUUUUUGUUCAUGGACAACUGGCCUAUACACGUACGGCAUAUGUGAUAAAGUAUAGCUUUUAUAAGUCUAUGCUUAUAAGUUUUAUUCAACUUGCGUUUAAUGUUGUUGGAACAUACGUUUCUGGUGGAACCUUUUGGAACAGUUUUAGUCUUACUUUAUGGAAUGGAGCUUAUACACUUCCUCAGACUUUGUUUUUCUGUUUGGAUCGUAUUGCCCCACGAACUGUUCUUGAAAGACAUCCCUUUUUAUAUAAAAUGACACGUCACGCUACAGAUAUGAAUAUUGUUGAAUUUUUUAUCAUUUAUAUCUGUCGUGGUAUUGUUCAAUCUGUGGUAACACUAUGGCUUGUUUUGAGUAUAUUUGGUUCAAGUUUUGCAUUUGCAGAUUCUGGUAUUUCUGCAUCUAAAGAUGUAACUUUUUCAGUGGCUUAUUCUGCCCUUAUUUUAUCCCAAAUGAUAACGUUGAUAUUGGAGUCUCAUUCUAUAACAUUUCUCAAUGCAAUAUGGAUAUUUGGAAUGCCUCCAGUUUAUGCAGGUAUAACCGCUUUAUACUCUCAUCUAUCUCGUGGUCAAUAUUAUGGUGUUUGGGGAAAAACUAUGAAUAUAAUAUCUCUACUUACAGCUUUUGGUAUUGCAGCUGUUUUGGUUCUACCGGUGUUUGGAUUGAUGGUUAUUCGAAGAAUUUGGAUUCCAGAUCCGCGUGAUGCCCUUCGUACAUCAGAAAUUUGGAAUCGUAUGCGACGUGUUCCACAUUACGGAUUUGGAUCUUGCUUGUCUCGACUCAAUCGCUGGCUUUUAUGCGUACCGGAGGAACCCUCAUACUAUAUGUCUAACACACAACCUACGCGUGGUGUGAAUGAACUGUGCUAA